AUGAGGAGCCAAGUUCAUCUCCAGCCACGGGUCCUCCACUUAGCCCUGGGUUCCAGACACCGGCUGCCCAUGCAUUGCGGUUCCCAGCACAGAGACCAGCCCAGCUCCUUUGGGGAGCCCCCACCUGGUCUUGAGUGGGAGCCCACCAUGGCUUCCUCCACGGGGGCCGCUUCAUCCUCCGCCCUGAGGUCCCAUCCUCGCCAGCAAGUCCCUGCCUGUGAGGUCCACCCUGGCUCCGUCGGGGAGCCCCAACCUGCCAGUUGUGAAGAACCCUCUGCAGUUCUAGCCCAGGGUCUACAGUCACACCCUGCCUGGGGAGCUAUGCUGUCUUCUCUGGAGAACACGUCUGUUCCAGCUGUGCUUCCUCAGCGGCCAGGAUUUCGGCACCAUAGAAAAGAGAACUAUGUGUGCCGCGACGUCCUGUCCCGGCAGUCUACAGAGUGUAGUGAGGUCCAGGAAGUGAGCCAGUCCCAGCUGCAGCAGCCCAGGGUGAAGCUGAACGGCUCCACGGUGGAGACACCCAGUCACCACGACCUGCACCGUGAACUGUUGGUCAGCACCAAACGAGGUCUGUUGCCAGGAGAGAAGCCUGAGCUGAAGCGAGUCCUGGAACAGAGGAGGCUGGAGCAGCACAGAGAGCAGGAACUGGCUCUACAGCCUCCUCUGGAACUGGAGACUGAGCUACGCAAGAGACAGCAGAUACUACUGGAGUAUGAGCAGGAGGAGAUCAGGCGCCGGGAGGAGCAGGAGAGAGAAGUCCCUGAGUUUGUACGCGUGAAGGACAACCUGAGGCGCACACAGAUGUCUGGGCAGUGACGACCACUUGACGUUCCGUCCCUUCCCAUCAGCCCCCGCCUCUCACCACGGAGGCCCUGGCUGCGGCCCGUUUCUUCACCCAAGAGUCCAAAGAGUGCACUUGUUCACCUCCCUCACCACAAUGGUUCUGCCAUUGCAAUGAAUCCAUCCUCCUGUUUCUCCCUCCACCAGCCUCCACUGCGAUCCAUAUCCUACAGCUAUAUGAUGAGGACCAACUUCACUGCAGCAAGUUAUUGAAAAGACUACUCCUAGGACUGAUAUGCAUCUCUUGCUGGACUGUUAUACUGUGUGGAAAAAGGCAAAUAAGCAAUGUAGGAAAACCAGUCAGUAGGUUUGAUAUAAAGAAUGUGAGUGAAAAUACAUAAACUCAGCAAAAAAAGAAACAUCCUCACACUGUCAACUGCGUUUAUUUACAGCAAACUUAACAUGUG